AUGAAUCGCAGCAUCCAAACUGAAUAUAAUGAGCGUCAAGAAGAAGGUGAUCAGAGACUCAUCAAGCUACGUCAGUUGGGGAAGCUUGACAUAAGUGUAUUGGAGAACAGCGAGUGUGUUUUUCUUUUUAGAUUUACAUAUGCACAGAUUCAAUCAAUGGUUGUAAUUCUUGAAUUAGGGGAAAAGGUGUACUUCCGUGAAAACACCCCACAGCAAUACUCUCUUCCGACGAAAGAUGCCCUUUCGAUACUAUUUCGUCGAAUGACUUAUCAUGCUAGAUUGAAGGAUCUUUCGAUAGUGUUUGGAAGAUCCGAAAGCACUAUAAGUGAAGUAUUCAAUGGCAUGAUCAAUAAGCUUGUGCAGAAGUUUGGACCCGCUCUUUUAUUUGACUAUCGCCAGUUUCGUAAAGAAAACCUUGUGUGCUUUAGCCAAGCAAUCCGUAGAGCAGGGGCACCUGUAGAGCACUGUGUUGGGUUUAUAGAUUGUACAUUUAUAAGAACAGCACGACCACGCAAGUUUCAACAGAGUGUCUAUAGUGGGCAUUACAGAGGCCAUGGCCUGAGAUACCAGGCUGUUGUAACUCCAGAUGAAGACAUAAUGAAGGAAACAUUUGAUAUCCGAGGCGAAGGUGGUCCAUGUUAUCAUCUAUACGGGGACAAGGCGUACGCAAGCUCAUUGUAUAUGAUGCGUCCCUUUAAACGAUAUUCUCCAAACCCAGAUCACAAGGAUGUGAAUACAGCCAUGCCAAGUUUGCAGCGUAUCUUUCUUCGCCCUGCCGGAUCCUACUACCUUGUUGCGACAUUCUUAAAGAAUUUGCACAAUUGCUUCAACAGAAGAAAUCAGACCAGUAAGAGGUUUGGUGUUGCUCCUCCAACACCAACAGAGUACAUUGAUGGCCUUUUGGGAAAUACUUAA